CUUCAAUCGUUGGAAGUCGAACAGUGGAUGACGGCGUUACAUGAAAAAAGGCCUGAGAAACCCCGCUACCCGUUUGUGUACGAUGCGGCCAUUGAAUCUGAACCUACAUUGCUAACAUUUGAUGGAGUAAAGCGUUGUUUACCUUCUGGUUCAUUCCGUAAAACUUAUACCACGUAUGAGGAAGUUUGCGUUCCUGCUAUUAACGGAUCUCAAAUCAAAGAAGUGGACCAUAUUAACGUCAGUGAUCUCGAUGAGCUGGGGAGGAAGUGUUUCGAAGGCAUCGAAAAGCUGAACAUUAUUCAAUCGCUGGUAUUCAAUCAGGCUUAUAAAUCGCGUGAAAAUUUGCUCAUAUGCGCACCAACUGGAGCUGGCAAAACGAAUAUUGCGUUACUGACAGUUCUGAACACAGUGCAUGGCUUCAUGGACCAAGGCGUGAUCUAUAAGGAUGAAUUUAAGAUAAUUUACAUUGCGCCGAUGAAAGCUUUAGCAACGGAGAUGACAGCGAACUUUGCAAAGCGAUUGGCACCAUUAGGCUUGAAAGUGCGUGAAUUGACUGGUGAUACAACGUUGACAAGGAAAGAAAUUGCUGAAACACAGGUGCGAUUGAUCCCCUUGCAAUGCAACGAAUAG